GGCAACCCAAAGGUGCUGAAAAAGCAGGAGUGACAAGGGACCUGGCUCACAGUGGGACACCUGCGUUGCAAGCCCAGUUUCCCUGACAUGACGCCCAGGGAGAUGGAGAUGGUGGAAGUGUUCACUUCGGAAGGCAAAGGCAGGGGGUUGAAGGCAGCCAAGGAAUUCUGGGCUGGAGAUGUCAUCUUUGCGGAGCCAGCCUACGCCGCAGUAGUUUUUGACAGCCUUACUCACCUGGUCUGCCACACCUGCUUUAAAAGGCAGGAGAAGCUCCACCGCUGUGGUCAGUGUAAGUUUGCCCACUACUGUGAUCGAACCUGCCAGAAGGAUGCCUGGCUGAACCACAAACAUGAGUGCUCUGCCAUCAAGGCGCAUGGGAAAGCGCCCAAUGAAAACAUCAGGCUGGCAGCCCGCAUCAUGUGGAGGAUAGAGAGAGAGGGAGGUGGCCUUACGGAGGGCUGCUUGGUCUCCAUCGACGACUUGCAGAACCACGUGGAGAACUUUGGAGAAGAGGAGAAGAAAGAGCUGAGGGCCGACGUGGAGAGUUUCCUCAACUUCUGGCCCCCACAGAGUCAGCAGUUUGGCAUGCAGUACAUCUCUCAUAUAUUCGGAGUGAUAAACUGCAAUGGCUUCACCCUGAGUGACCAAAGGGGACUGCAGGCUGUUGGCGUGGGCGUCUUCCCCAAUCUCUGCCUGGUGAACCAUGACUGCUGGCCUAACUGCACUGUCAUAUUCAACAACGGCAAUCAUGAGGCUGUAAGAUCAAUGUUCCACACACAGAUGAGAAUCGAGCUGCGUGCGCUGGGCAAGAUCUCACCGGGGGAAGAGCUGACUGUCUCCUAUGUUGAUUUCCUCAACGUCAGCGAAGAGCGGAGGCAGCAGCUCCAGAAGCAGUACUAUUUUCGCUGCACGUGUGAGCACUGCCAGAAAGGGAUCAAAGAUGAUCUGAUGCUCGCUGUAAAAGAAGGUGAAAACAAGCCCUCCCAAGACGUAGUGAAGGAAGUUCUCCAGUUCUCCAAGGACACCCUGGAGAAGAUCAGCAAGGCCCGAUCCGAGGGGGUCUACCACGAAGUUGUGAAGCUCUGUCGUGAGUGUCUGAAGAAACAAGAGCCUGUGCUGGGAGACACUAACAUCUACCUGCUCAGGAUCCUGAGCAUCGCUUCGGAAGUGCUCUCCUACCUCCAGAUGUUCGAGGAAGCAGCAGGCUAUGCGAAGAGGAUGGUUGAUGGUUACAUGAAAAUAUACCAUCCCAACAAUGCGCAGUUAGGGAUGGCAGUGAUGCGGGCAGGGGUGACCCAUUGGCAUGCCAGUCUCAUUGAAGCAGGGCAUGGCAUGAUCUGCAAAGCCUAUGCUAUUCUUCUGGUGACCCAUGGACCUACCCACCCAAUCACCAAAGACCUGGAGGUCAUGCGUGUCCAGUCGGAGAUGGAGCUGCGCAUGUUCCAACAGAACGAGUUCAUGUAUUACAAAAUGAGAGAAGCAGCCCUGAAAAACCAGAAGAUCCAAGUUAUGCCUGAGCCCACCAAUGAAGCUUCAUCGGGCCUCUUCCACACGAAACAGUAACCCCAAAGCUUCCAGUUAUCUGUAUUCCUGCACAUCUGGUAGAACAUCCACCCUUUUCUUCCAAAUCUGAAGAGGUUAUUUGUAAUAAGCACCAUGCCAUCUAAUUAAGAACACUUAUAUCUCCUGAGACAAGUAUUCUUCCAGGAGCUCAGGGCACCAGCUAAGAAAUAUUUCACAGGAAAUAGAUCUUGUUUCCACAAAUAAUAAAAAGGUCAUUAUAGCUUCGCUUCCACAAUAAUUCAUUUUAGGUCUAGUUCUCUUCAUAUAAGGCCAAAUCCUGAAGUCCCUCACUUAGACUUUCAGUCAGUUCUUUCUCAAGCAAAUCUUCCACUGGAGUCAGCAGGUGCUUGCCCAAGUGAGGAUGGGGAUAGACCCCAGUAAAAAUGAGGAUGGACUACAGUGUUUGAGCCAAAGGGAGUCUUGUCUGUGUGAGGAUUGAGUGAAAACUGAAGAAAGCUAUUAGGAUUUAGCACUGAGGAAGUUUUAAGUAAAGACACUUUUCCUGUCAUUUUUCUAUAGUUCAAAAACGAUUCUGUAGUGUAGGAACUAACCUGCCGAAUGGAGCAGACUUUAGGCAGUACUGUGACCAGUAUGCAGAUUAAUUAGAGAUCCUACCUUCGGUAGAAGAAUUUAGGUACCAUUAGGACCGUAUAAACUAGGGUGACAAUGGCUCAGCUGACAUUGCCCUGCCAAGUAAAAAGUGCAUAGACAAUGGUUCAAAUCUCAGCAUGAAUGAAGUCAAAGCAGGUUAGGUUUCAGAGUAACAGCCGUGUUAGUCUGUAUUCGCAAAAAGAAAAGGAGUACUUGUGGCACCUUAGAGACUAACCAAUUUAUUUGAGCAUAAGCUUUCGUGAGCUACAGCUCACUUCAUCGGAUGCUGAGCUGUAGCUCACGAAAGCUUAUGCUCAGAUAAAUUGGUUAGUCUCUAAAGCAGGUUAGGACAGUGAUCAGAAAUGGGGCUCUGGUGUUGGUCCAAACCAGUGGCCAAAGCAGAUUGAAAGAGAAUUGGGAGCUUCCAUCACACAAACCAAUGGGGCAGGGUGUGGCGGGGAAGCACUGCUUCCCUCGGCCACAGUGUGGGAACUCCCGUCUGCUGUUAAUGGAGGAUGGGGAGUUGUCCUCCGCACUGCUCCUACUUCCUUUAGUUCCCAGUCCCAACCUGGGCUGGAGCAACAUCGGUGUUCUAAUGUGCUUUGGACCCCUUCAUGCUGGCCGACCAAACUGUGUCGUGCUUACCCUGUUUCAAUACAAGAGCAUUUAAACCAUGCUUAAGCCUGGUGUGUAAGUUAAUUUAUGAGGCAUGUGUAGCUGGGGCCUGCAGUGAGUACCACAGAUGGAUCUAAUGUAGUAUAUAGCCAGGUGGUGGCUUUAAGGCUCAUGUGCCAUAGGAACUGAACCCUGAUGGGCGGGGAGUGGGUAGAAGGACAAUUCCUUUAGGAAGAGAAUGACGGAUGUCGUUGCCAAUAUCUUUCGUGCGUACUUGGUUUGAUUCAAGAAAUGUCAAGUUCAGCUUGGACUUAUCUGGUGGUAAGGAAUAUGGUCUAGUGUAAUGGGCAAGGGAGCCAGCAUCAUCUGUGUUCCAAUCUCGCCUCUGUCAUUGACUUUGGUAAAGUCAGUUACUCUCUCUAGCCAAGUUCAGAGUUGAGUCUAAAUUUCAGCUAAAAAAAUGUGAACUCUGGUGAAGCUGGAAAGAAAUGUAGAUUACAUCGGUUUAGAUUCACCUUUGUAUUUGACUUUCUGUGCCACCAUUUAAUAGGCAGCAGGUUUAAAACAAACAAAAGGAAAUAUUCUUCACACAACGCACAGUCAACCUGUGGAACUCAUUGCCAGGGGAUGUUGUGCAGGCCAAAACCAUAACUGGAUUCAAACGAGGAUAAGUUCAUAGAGAAUAGGUCCAUCAAUGACUAUUAGCCAAGAUAAUCAGGAAUGCAACCCCAUGCUCUGGGAGUCCCUAAGUCUGUGCUAGAAGCUGG